GCAGAAAAUUGGGCUUGUCUACCUGAACAUUCUGAAUGAAGUCCAUCCGCUCUGCGAGCGUGUCUUGCCUCUGUUUCAAGUAAUCAUAAGCAAGGUCAUCAAAACUUGUCAAACAUGGCCUUGUCGAUCCUGCGACAUUUAGCUCCAGGGCUUCAUCGAAACUUCAGGUGCUCCACAAAGCUCCUUCUCUCCUCGGGUCAAAGUUUGAACCAUGAAAGACCUUUUACCUCUAGCAGAAAGGCACUUGCUGAGGAUGCUGCUAGUUCCGAAAGCCUACCUCAAUCGGAAAGAACUGUAGGUGCAGGACAGAGUUUGUUUCAGGAGCUUAGCUCUCUUGGAUCAGUUGAAAAUGCACUUGAAGCUAUAAGCCAGAGGGAAAUGUCUGGAAAUGAAGCAUCGAUAGCUGUGAGAGCACUACGUCACAUACAGAAGAAUGAUUCUGCUUCUCCUGGUUUUGUAACAGACAAGCGCUUUAGUAGUUUGGCAACAUCUAUCAUAGGGGGAGUCAAGAAUUUAAGCAAUGAAAGCCUUACAAGUACUCUUGCAAAUGCAUUUCAUGUCAACAGUAACAAUGAUGAUUUCAUUCUUGCUCUAGAAGGAGAAUGCAGGAGAAGGUUACGACUUUUCCCCAUUCGUUCAAUUGCGACAAUUGUUUGCAAUGACCAGUUACUCUCAAAGAGAACAGAAACAAAAGCACUUGUGAAUGAAGCAGCUCGUGUCCUUGAGCUACGCUGGAGGGAAUUGCAGAAUCCGCAGCUUGUACGACGUUUGUUGCCAUCUGCAGCUCGAGUGUCGGAACCACUUCUAGAGCGUGUGGAAGACAAGACUUUGGAGAUGCUCAGCCAGUUUAGUUUUCAGGAGAUCACAGCCUUGAUGAAGUCAUUGGUAGCUACCAAUACAAGAUCACUACCUAUAUUGCGGGCAAUCUCGUACCAGCUGCUAGAGCAGCGUUCGCAAUGGGAGAUUCCUGCCAUGAUGGACAUAAUGAGCGCAAUGGGUAAUUUAGGUUUCCACAAUGCAGCACUCUUCAGUGAAUUUGCAGUGCACAUCCAGCAGAAACUUGAUGAAUGCUCCCUGAGCCUCUUAUGUGACAUUGCAAAGACAUAUGCUGUGCUGCGUAUCCAGGCGUCCAACCUCCUGGAUUCUAUCCACACUGUUCUAGCUGGGGCAUUAGAUGAACUUACCAUUCUAGACCUGAAGAGGCUCUUGUUUGCCUACAGUCAGUUUUCUUAUCAACCACUGGGUGCAAGCACAUUCUAUGUUGAAGUUGGAAAUAAAUUAGACGCAAACUUUGAUGAUUAUUCUGCGAAAGAUCAGAUAGACGUAGCCCACUCUUUGACGGUGCUGAAGCAAGUGCCUCAAAAGAUUGUAACAAAGAUUCUAAAGAAUAUUGAGGAGAGCCAAGAAGCUCCUCUGUCAGCCACUCUGAAACUGAAGCUGCUGCAGAUCAACGCAUACUCCCAGUUGGAUUUCCCUGACUAUGAAGGCCCAUACCUGACCUCUGACCUCAAAUCCUUCCCAGCAAACCACAAAAUCUACACUACAACAUUGCACCGAUCCUUGUUCAAAGUCUUACAAGCUUCCCUUGGAGAUGACCUGACCAUGGUGGAGAAUGUCAAAAGUGAUCUGGGUUACAUCAUAGAUGCAGAAAUUUCCAGCAAAUUGAAAGGAAAUGGUAAAAAAUUGGCCAUCAUGACCUUUGGCCCUCCUUCAUACCUUUACUCUACAUCACAGUUAGUAGGACGUCUAGAAAUGAUGCUCAGCCACCUUGAAUUAACUGGAUAUCAAGUAUUGCAGAUUCCUUACCAGGAUUGGUACCCUCUUCGCACACCAGUUCAGCAAGUCAAUUACCUGAAAGACAAGCUCAUAGGAAUACUGGAAUGAAGGAGACAAUCUCAAAGAAAUGCUUGAAUGAAAGAAGAGACAAUGUCAGACAAUUUAAACUUGACAAUUAAUAUAAUGGGCAAAUCCAAGGUAAUAAGUCACUUGGUUUAUCAUACAUCAACAAGGAUGGGACUUACAUACAUGUAAGUUGGACUUGAAAUAUUUGGUCAGUUUACAUCCUAUUUGGUCUGAUCUAAGGUCUAGUACACUCACUUGUCAACCCUAUUCAAUGAUUAGAUAUACCAAAAUCUUAGAUGUGGUUGGUAAGGUGAGGUAUGGGACGAAAUGGCUUGGAUUUGCCCUAAUAAAAAUGUACAUUUCAUUUCAAGCCGAUUUGGUAAAUCAACUAGUAUUCCUUCCCCCUCUUCUGCAGGAUUUGGUGUCAAAAGAUGCUUUCUUUCAAAGCUACAAUGUAUGAAGUCACUAAAUUGUAGGUUGGAAUUAUUGUUUUGACACAUUACAGGGCAUGCAGAUUCUGCUUCCCUCCCCUUUAGCACUGUAAAGGUUAAUUGAAUUUAUUUACUUCACAUGCUCCAAUGUAUACAGAAAACAAAAAAAAAUACAAUUAAAUGGAGGAUAUUACAUCUGGACAAAAUAUUAUAUAAAUAGCAGUAGUUUGGUUAUAUUAUUGACGAUGGAGCAAAUUUGACAGUUUGAACAUUAUUGAAGGUAAGAUUAUUUCUAUGUGACAUGUGAAAAUUAUGAUCGUAUUGAAAAGCGUGGGUAAAUAUAAAAAAAUAUAUAAACCUAAGAAAUGAAAAUUGGCUUCAAGUGUAUUUUACAUGUAACUAUGCAUUAGUUUGUACCUUCAGAGGCAAGAGAGUUGUUGUGGUAUAGUGGUUUAUUCACUUGACUUUCAAUUGAGUUUGUUUAGGAUUCAAAUCCUGGCCCGAAUAAAUGAUAUUUUGGAAGGCACUAAUCUAUAUAUUCCCCUUAGCCCCAAUGGAAAUGUGUAUUCCUGCUCGAUGUGCCUGAGCACAACAGAUUUUUGGCUGCUCAGUUAUAAUCCUUUUGAAUUGCCAAGAGCAUUUCUGCAGGACAGACAUAUUGGCUCAUAUUGCUGUUGUUUUUAAUGGUAGUGGGUUUUACAGAUACAAAAACAAUUCCAUGUUUGAUGCUGCUUAUAAGUAUCGGCUUGCAUGGUGAUGUAGAUAUACAUUAGGCUUGGGUUUGCACCAUGUGAGAGACAGAGAGGAGGAGGAUUGGGGAGUCCUGAAAAGGAAAGAUUACUGAGAGUCCUUUUCAGGACUCCCCAGUCCUCCCCCUCUCUCACAUGGUGCAACUGCAAGCCUACUGUAUAAUUCCAUGUUUGUAUAUUCAGAAGAUAUAGUCUACCCUCUUCACUCUCAAGAGAAAGUCAUGGGAAUCUAUAAUGGUAAACAUAUCCUAAUGUACAUGUAUGUCUUUUUUAGGUUCUUACCAAUUGUUUGAUGAUACUCCCUAACAUUUGACAUGAUGACAGAAAAUCAUUUUUAAGUAUGAUGACCAAGAAACCAAAGUGUUUUUUGUAUAGAAUUGUUAUGGGAGCUUUCAAGCUGUUUUUGUAAUACAGUGUAUCUGAAAGCAGAUAGAAAGCAUCAUUGUUAGCAAUUUUUCUUAAAUCAACCAACCAAAAAGUAGUUUGCAUACAAAAUUAAUGUGUUUUUACCUUUAUUUGAGAAUAGAAUUACAUGUAUGUUCAAUUUAACUGCAAAAGAAAGUAAACCAUUAAAUGCAUGUCAGAGUUCCAUUGAAAUGAAAUGUAUUUUAGAGUUGUGUAAUUUUAUGCAAUAAAAGAACAUAAGAAUGCUGUGCAAUAUA